AUACAACCACCUCACUCGAGCGCCGAUCGCGCAACGAGCCACGAACCCUCGACCUCGGCGCGAGUUUUGCCGCAAGUGAACGCAAAUUCCCGACUGCUUCGCGUUCCAUCUUCGAGAAUCGUCGUCGGCCGGCUUUUACCUGCAAACCUGCAAACGUGACUUGUGGAUGGUAUUUUCGUUGGCUGGUCGCGUUGCCGGUCUCACAUCAAGCGGCAACCACCCUCCGGCGAACCGGUGUUCUCGGCAGGUACCGAACGCGCGGUGACAAACGUGAAUUGUGGAAGGAUCGUCCCGGCCGCGAGGAAUUCCGGUAUCCUCGACCAGCCGGGAACGGUCGAUACCUCGGUAUCAGCUAUCAGCGGCAGUCUGUUUCGACGGACGAUCCGCAGCGGAAGCGAAGGAUCACUCGAUGCUGAUACGAGAUACCUGGCAGCCUCCCGCAAAGUCGAUGGUCCUGCGCGUGAAGGACUCGAUGUCGUUUGAAGUAAAAACGCGCUAAGCGAGGUCAACGCUGGAGAAUCCAGGACGCUCGAAGACGCGCCUCUCUGCUCCGAUAUGACCGGUCGGAAUGUCACAACGUGCCACGGCUGACAACAGCUGACGCGGAUGCAACAUUGUACUUUUGAGGAGAACGCGUGCCGAAUAAGAGGAGGAGGAUAAUAAGAAACGAUCGUAUCCCAUUCGAAUAUUCCACGCUCGAAGACAUCGGUGACAUUCACCAAGAUACGCGAAGAGGAUAGGUGAAGCAAUCGCGGCCUCUUCGCUUUCGUCCGCCGCGGAGAAGAGCGAACUUUGCGAGACACAAAGAGAAACGGCGACGAGAUAAGAAUUGAAGCUGGUGAGACGAGCAAAAAGACGGAGGCGACGCAGAUAGCAGCGAGACUCGCGUUGCCGCGGGAACGCGCGCUCGCUCGCUCGCUCGCUCGCUUGCGCGCGCGCGAGCGCGAGCGCAAGCAGGCAUGCGAUAAUAUACGCGUCGCGUCUGAUCGCGAGCGAAAUUAAUUAGACGCCAAAGUGUCGACAGUUGGAAGUUGGAGUUGGCUGCCGGACUUUCGAAAGGGCGGGAAGCCGGGAGUAAAGACCGACGACGGGAGGGAACCUCCCCAGGUUCCGCUGCUCCUCUUCGUCGGCCGUCGGCCGAGUGGAAAACGUCGCGGGACGUGGAAAGUAACGCGCUCAUGAAGCCGCGAUCAUGAAGUGAAGACAAGGCAAAGCCGCCGACGACGACGACUUUAGCGGCCGGUCGACGGCUACUCGCUCGCGGCUGAGACGGGAUGAGCGCGUCCGGCGCGUCCUGCGCGCGAUAAAUCGGCAGGCAGGAUCGAUCGCGUGCGCGACCCUUGCGGUGCUCCUUGUUCGCGGAGGGACGUGCGAGAAGGGGAUGAAGAUGAACGACGUUACGCCGGAGAGCUCUGGCGCGUCGAUCUCGCCCGUGGGCGGAAACAGUAACAACAAUAAUAACAACAACAACAACAACAACAACAACAAUAACAACAACAAUAACGUCAAUGGCAGCGGGAAAGCGUCGGGAACGGCCGCCGCGGCGGGGACCGCCAAUGGCGGCGAGGGUAUCAGCGCAGCCGUCGCUAAGGUCCUCCAGGGUUACGACUGGACCCUGGUACCCGUCGCCACCAAGGGUUCCGGCGACAAAAGAGCGGCCCACGUGAAGAGGCCCAUGAACGCGUUUAUGGUGUGGGCCCAAGCUGCGAGGCGAAAACUGGCCGAUCAAUAUCCCCAGCUGCACAACGCCGAGCUGUCGAAGACGCUGGGCAAACUGUGGCGGCUCCUUUCCGACAACGACAAGAAGCCCUUCAUCGAGGAGGCCGACCGCCUGCGCGUGAUCCACAAACGCGAGCAUCCCGAUUACAAGUAUCAACCCCGCCGCCGGAAACAGAACGGGCCUUCCGGUCGGGAGAGCUCACCCUCGCGAAAUCAGAGCAACGUGACGUUCAGCGUGUCGAGAUCCUUGAAGCAGGAGGACAUGAGUCCCAGGGGCGCGCAAGGGCCUAAUUCGCCGCAGAGCGGCGUGAGCUCCUCGCCACCUACGACCCCCAGUCAGGGUCUCUCACCACCGACGCCACCUACAACCCCGAGAGGGCAACACUACGUCAAUCAGAACAAUCAGCUUCAGCAGAACAACAGCGUGUACUAUCAGGAUUUGGUGAGCACGCCAUCGAGCGAAUCACCGCACCAGCAGCCGGCCGUCGAUCUUCGAUACAUCGAGGUCGGCGACGGCCUGCCCGGCGAGGAAAACGGUCUCGGCAGCUUGGGCGGCGGCCUCGGUCUGAAUAUACCGGUGAAUUUUCAGGAGUGCGAGGUCGAGAGCAACGAACUCGACCAGUACCUACCGCCGCAGACCGCGCCGAUACACCAGUACCCGCCCGUGCAGGUCACCACCGCGUCGCAAUGGUUACUCAACAGAUACGAGGAGGUGGAGAUGGAGAGACCGAUGAAGCGCCAUUGCUCGGAACAGGCGGUAGCGGAGGUGUCCUGGGACGACAGGACGCAGGAGAUGGUGAGGUACCACGAACUGCAGCCCCCUCUUCCACCGGUCCAGUAUAUAUCCGCCGCUCAUAACGCGCACCACUCGCACGCGACCACGCAGAUGGCACAUUCGCACGUGUCCACACCCUACGCGCAGUAUCACCGCUACGUGCCCGGCAUCGAGACGUGGCCGAAUUACAUGUAGACCGACGCGAGACAGGCUCGUUAUUUCGUCCGCGGAGCGCGGAUUUCAACAUCCGAGACCAGGGAACGAAUACCAAAUUCGCUAAAAAUCCAAAUCCAGCGUCAUCUCCAAUGUCCCGCGGCGAUUUGGGAAGUGAAUCGAAAGGAGGAUAGAUAGAAGGGCGAGGGGGGGGGGGGACGAGAAAGAGACUCAGGGCCGGUUGUUCCAACCUCUUGGUAAGUUAACUGACUUUGACUAUCAGUUAACUAAGCGAAUAGUUGGCAACAACCGGCAGUUAGGGAGAGAUCGAGCUUACCGGUAUAAAUGUGACCACUUUGCAGUGGUCAGAGUCGUUUCCUCCGGAAAUUUGCGACCAAAGCUAGAAUCUUAUCGCUCUAACUGCGCUAACUCUGAUUGCGAGUACCGCGACGAUUGGCCACGCGGGCUCUCGUGGACCGUCUUCUUAAGGGUGAUCGAAAGAGGCCAAAUAAGAAGGAGUUUGUCGCGUCGAAUCGCGCAUUUUUCAGAGCGACGAGAGCGCAGAGAGCAUAAUGUAGCGUUUAUGUAUUAUCGUGAAUAUAUCCCGGAAACAUAAACCAAAUUCCCUCGUCGCAAGUGUCUUUCCUCGUCCGACUCGAGCGAGGAAAGCGAAAGGUCGGCGGCGCGCUGGUCCGAGCGGAUCGGUUCUAGCAGAGAUCCUCGAGGCCAGAGUCUCGCAGAGCCCAGUGUGGAGAAUUUCGUUUCACGACUAAUAAAGUAUCAGACUGUUCUUCCGCGCGCGGAUCAUCGCUUGAAUCACGACGAUUCCAACAAGGCAUUAAAAUCCUCGCCGCGCGUUCUUCAUUAACAAGCGGCGGAUCGGUGCAAAGAGUUGGCCGUGUUGAUCGAGACGUCACUCGGACGUCACGUCGUCUCGUCGAACGUUUGGUCGCCUUCAAUUUAAGAAAGAAAUAUCUUAUGGAAAUUUCACUCGACUGACGGAACGACGGAUUGGCCAUUCUCCGGUCUGAGGGUCUCUACUAUGUGGACGAGGCGCGGCCGCCGCUACUCACCAUGACAUCAUUCCAUGACAGCCGGCCAUUCCAAAGCGCAGAAUUUCAGGCCAAACAAACACGCCGCUCGAUAUACACGGUGCCCCGGCGCGUUCCACACGUAAUAAUAAUAAUACAUAUAUAUAUAUAUAUAUAUAUAUGUACGUGCGAGACGCGUGCGAGACGUUGAGGCGCGCGGACGCUUUAAACCGUCGAUCGGUCGGCUCGCUGCGCUCGUGAGCGCUCACGCUCACGUCUCGUUCAAAUAAACCGCUGAAACACGAUCGAGGGUGGCAACAAAUGUGCCAGGCGAUUCGCGCGUUGUACGGUCUCCAAGUAUUUCGGGACUCGCGGACGUUGCGUCGUUGAAAUCCCGGCGACGAUCGCGCCUCCGAGGGAGCUUUUGACGCGAAGAAAGAGACCGACGACACGUGACGCUUGAAAUUGUCGAAACUCGUCGAGAAACCGUCUUUCGUUUACGAGGAUCUUGCCUGGAUCGGAUCGACCGACGCGUCGGGGACAAUCGGUGUAUCGAGGAUCAGCCUGACAUCGAGCGUUCGGUAAUGUACACGAGCUUACAGGUAGCCCUAUGUUAAAACACGUAGAUCGCGUUUUAUAUUAUACAUUAUUAACACUUGAUAGUUGCUAUGUCGAUAGAGAGGGGGAAAGAGAGAAAGAGAGAGAGAGAGAGAGAGAGGGAGGGAGGGAGAGGGGGAGAGAGCGCUGCGCUUUUGUACUUAGAUAUUUAUUCAUCACACUACGAGGAUCGAUAGAGCAUCAGACUAACGUCUCGGCGUAGUCCUGCACGUUCAAAAGCGAGCACUGAGCCGUAAUUUAUAAGUGCGAUGUACGCUAAUUUGUAGAAAUAAAGCAACAAGA